GUCUAGUACAGUUAGCAUGUUUGGAUGACCCACCGUCCUGGAGAAACAUUUAAAGAGUUCCCAGCUGACUUUGCGGCUCCUUUUUUGACUCUUAAUUGAGUGAAAAUGUCCGGAGGGUUUCAGGAUCUGUCAGUGUUCCCUGGAGCGGUCCAGCAGCUUUCAGUGAGUAUUGAUGAGGAUCCCUCUGAGCACCAGGAGAGGAGCUCCAGUCUGAAACAGGAGAUCACUGAGCCUCUACACAUUAAAGAAGAACCAGAGGGACUGUGGAGCAGUCAGGAGGGAGAGCAGCUUCAAGGAACAGAGGAGGCUGAUAUCAUCAAGUUCACUUUUUAUCCUGUUCAUGUGAAGAGUGAAGAUGAUGACAAGAGUCCUCAGCUCACACAGCUUUACCAAAGACAAACCGAAGAGACUGAAACAGAAGCGGACAGAGAAGCAGAUGCAGAGAGGGGCUUUGACCCAGAGAGAGAUUUACAACCAGAGACUGAAGUCAAGACUGAGGACUCCUCUGGCCCUGAGACUGACGACAGCACUGAUUGGCAGGAUACAGCCGAACACCAGUCAGAUUUAAACUCAGUGGACAACGUCAAAAAUAAGACAGAAAAGCCUGACAAGAAAUCACAUCACUGCUCUGAAUGUGGUAAAGGGUUUAAAUACAAAUGUCGUCUGACAAAACACACAAGAAUUCACACAGGAGAGAAACCCCACUGCUGCACUGAGUGUGGUAAAAGAUUUAACCAAGAAGGUGAUCUUACAAUACACAUGCGAACUCACACAGGAGAGAAACCCUUCAGCUGCUCUGUUUGUGGUAAAAGAUUUAACAACAAAGGAUGUCUGACCAGGCACACGAGAAUUCAUACAGGAGAGAAACCCUUCAGCUGCUCUGUGUGUGGCAAAAGAUUUAACAAACUUUGUAAUCUAAAGGUUCAUACAGCCAUUCACUCUGGAGAGAAACCCUUCAGCUGCUCUGUGUGUGGUAAAAGCUUUAACCUGAAAAGUUGCCUGACCAGGCACAUGAAGAUUCACACAGGAGAGAAACCCCUCAGCUGCUCUGUGUGUGGUAGAACCUUUAACAGAAAAGGCUGUUUGACACAGCAUCUGAGAACUCACACAGGAGAGAAACCCUUUGGCUGCUCUAAAUGUGGCAAAAGCUUUCAUAAACAGAGUACUUUGACCAGACACAUUGUGGUUCAUACCAGAGACAAACCAUUUCCCUGCUCUGAGUGUGGUAAAGGAUUUGGCUUGAAACAUCAUCUCACAAAUCAUAUGAAAACCCACUCAAGAGAGAAACUCUUCAGCUGCUCUGAGUGCUGUAAAACAUUUACCCGGCCAGCAAGUGUGACAAGACAUAUGGGAAUCCACUCUGGAGAGAAAGCCUUCAGCUCUGAAUUUGAUGUUGAGGAGCUGAUUGUAAAAGAAGAGGAAGUUCUCGCCGAGCAGCAGGAGAGAUGCUCCAGUCCAAACCAGGAGAACUCACCAGAGCCAGCACACAUUAAAGAGGAACAGGAGGAACUGUUGAGCAGUGAGCAGCAUCUAGGGGCAGAGGAGGCUCGCAUUAGCACGUUCACAUUCAUUCCCGUCGUUGUGAAAAGUGAAGAAGACGAAGAAGAGAAACUUCAGUCCACACAGCUUCAUGAAAACCAAAGUGAAGAGAACAGAAACGCCAAAGGUUUGAAAACAGAAACUGGGGGAGAGGACUGUGAAGGAUCAGAACAAGAACAAGACUUUAAUCCACACAAUCAUUCACAGACCAUUAAUGCUGAUGAGACUUCAGUACUUUCUGUAUUUGAUACUGAUGAAAUUGGGGAUUUUGAGGAGAGUGAUAUGGAGGAACAUUUAAUACCUCUACAAAAUGAAGAUAGAGCUAUAACUAAUGUGAAAUUUAACACUGAAGAUACAUCUGUUAGCUUCUCUGAAUGUGCUCUAAGCUUUGGACAAAAGAAGCAAAAAGGAAUUCAAACUGAAGAGAAACCAUUCAGUUGCUCUAUUUGUGGGAAAAGAUUCCCAGGUAGAAAAUAUUUACAACAGCAUAUGCUUCGUCAUUCAGUAGAAAAACCCUUCAGCUGCUCAUUUUGUGAGAAAAGUUUUCUCUCUAGACCAGAGAUGGUGAAGCACAUGAGAGUCCACACAGGAGAGAAGCCAUUCAGUUGUUUAGUCUGUGGUAAAAGAUUUGCGAGAAGUGGGGACCUAAAAAGACACUCUGACGCCCAUUCAGGGGAGAAACCAUUUAAUUGUUCCAUUUGUGGUAAAAGAUUUUCUCAACAAGGACAUCUUAAAGAACAUUCUGUUGUCCACACAGGGCAGAAACUGUUUGAUUGCUCAGUUUGUGGGAAAAGAUUCACACAAAGCGGAUCUCUGCAUAGACAUGCUGUUGUCCACACAGGGGAGAAACCGUUCACUUGUUCCAUUUGUGGUAAAACUUUUUCUCAACAUGAUCAUCUGAAGCAACACUUGAUUGUCCACAAAGAAGAGAAACCAUUUAGUUGUUCUGUUUGCGGUCAAAAAUUCACAAGAAAUGCUUACGUUAAAAGACACGCUGUUGUCCACACAGGGGAGAAACCCUUUAGCUGCUCUGUUUGUAAUAAAAGAUUCACUCAGCCAGUGAAUCUCAAGAAACACAAGUGUGUUGCUGAGAGCAGUGGCAAUCUAAACCAAGUCGUGGUUCAUUUAAGUGAUGAAGAACCCACUUAAUCAUUUCA